AAUAUUAUAAGCGCCUGCGAUUGGCGAAGUGCCUUCAUCUAUCAAACAAGUAGGCGGGUACGUGGCUUGCAGCGGCUUUGCACCGAGAGGCUGGAACUGCACUGUCUCAGUCAGAGCAUCUCUUGAGCUCGCUGUAACGGUGUACUACAGAAGACAGCAAAUAAUUCCAAGAGGAGAAUAUAUAUUAAUAGUGGUAAUUUACACACAUCUGGAUAAACUGCAGUUUUCCACACGGAAAAGAAGUGAGACAAAAAAACCACCUCAGUGAUACUAGAAGGAAGCGAGAAGAAUAUGAUUCUCAAGCAGCAUUUACUCCUUACUCUCUACAGCUUCUGUGGGAUUCUUCUAAAAGUGGCUGUUACAAAAAGCAAAGUGAAAGGCAGCCAAGGGAGCUUUCCCAUUACUCAGAAUGUGACGGUUGCUGAAGGAGGAACGGCAAACCUGACCUGCAGGGUAGAUCACAAUGACAACACCUCCCUCCAGUGGUCAAACCCAGCUCAACAAACUCUUUAUUUUGGUGAUAAAAAAGCCCUGAGGAACAACCGGAUUGAGCUGGUUCGAUUUUCAUGGCACGAGCUGAUCAUCAGCAUCACUGAUGUGACUCUGUCAGAUGAAGGGCAGUACACUUGCUCCGUCUUUACUAUGCCUGUCAAGACAUCCAAGUCCUUCCUCACUGUUCUAGGAGUCCCUGAAAAACCAGAGAUUGCUGGUUUUAUGAAACCUGCCUUGGAGAAAGACACAAUCACACUCACCUGCAAUACCUCAGGCAGCAAGCCAGCAGCUGACAUCCGAUGGUUCAAGAAUGACAAAGAGAUUAAAGGUGUAAAGGAAGUGAAUGCCAGUGGAAAGACUUUCACAGUAAAAAGUACUCUGGAGCUAAAAGUGGACCGGAAGGAUGAUGGAGUCACAAUCACCUGCAGAGUUGACCAUGAAUCUCUUAGCUCAGCACCACAGCUUGCUACACAGGUUCUUAAAGUUCACUAUGCUCCUAUUGUGAAGAUCAUCCCACCCCCUGAAUUGCCACAAGAAGGACACUAUUUAACAUUGGUCUGUGACUUCAAUGGGAAUCCCAUUCCUGAACCAGUUAUAUGGACAAAGGAUGGUGGGGAAUUACCGGAUCCUGACAGAAUGACUGUCAAUGGAAGGGAGCUGACAAUUGCUUUUCUAAACAAGACUGACAAUGGGACUUACCGGUGUGAAGUCAGCAACAGCAUUGGGCAGGACAAUGCAGAAUACGUACUGUUUGUGUAUGAUUUUCCCACAACUUUGUCUCCAUCCACAACCACACCUCCCCAAACCACAACAACCACCACAACCACAGUAUCCAUAGAAACCUGUGCAGCCACAUCUGCAGCAACUCCCAGCACCACAGCCAUGACAACAUCUAAAGAAUUGCCAGUCCCUGAAAAAGAUCCCAAUGCCCUGGCUGAUCAGACUGCAACUGACCAUGCAGUUAUCGGUGGAGUAGUAGCUGUUGUUGUCUUCAUCACCCUGUGUUUAAUAAUUGUACUUGGUCGAUACCUUGCAAGACAUAAAGGAACAUAUUUAACAAAUGAAGCAAAAGGUGCUGAAGAUGCCCCAGAUGCAGACACAGCCAUCAUCAAUGCAGAAGGCAACCAAGCCAAUGCAGAUGAAAAAAAAGAGUAUUUUAUUUAGAUAUGGCUCCAUUUAUGCUUACUGGAGUUGCUUCUAGUGAAAACCGGCAAUUAACAAUGCCCAUACUUAUAUAAUUACUUAUUGUGCCCUGGUACAUUUUUAAAAAAAUCCUGCACACCACCGUUAAUAGCCGUUUUUUUACAAGCAACCAGCUGCUGAACACAUCACCUUUUUUAUUUAAAUAUGUUCUGUUUAACAAGAGCCUCUGAGUGAGAUAUAGUCAAUUUGCUUACACAGUGCCUAAAUAUACAGACAUAUGUUUAACUUUGAUGGGUAAAUUUAUGUUUUAAAUGUAGAUUUUUUUUUUUUCAGGGAGCAAUGUGUGAUGUUAUAAACAGCAUAUUUAAUGCUGACAGAUUGUAGAUUUGUGACAGACUUCACAUUCAUCCGUCACUUACAAAUGAGAUAAAAAAAAAUAAAAAAACAUUUCUACUGAACCUUGUACAUAUUUUAGAAAUGAAAAAAAAAAGUUUGGACACUUAAGAGAUGAAGGUCCUUGUGUGUCUUUUUCUUGUCAACAAACCGGUUAAAAAAAGCCAUGAAACAGACAUGGGCCAUUUUAUUUGCAGAGGGUUUGCAGAGGUACAAAUAUAUGAGAACAAAGUAAAAUAUGUGCUUUGUAAGGUAAGAUAGUAAUAGUUCAAAGAUUGUUAGGAUUAGUAGACAAGCAUUUUUGCUUAAGAUUUUUGACUUGUCAUCUGAUCAGCAUUUGAAACCAGUUAACUGUAUUAUAGUAUAUAUGAUAGCAUGUUACACUAAAGAUCCAAGUAGUGUUUAUCAAUUUAAGCCAACACAAAACCACGUGUUAAAGUAGAUGUGACUAUCUGAACACCAAAAAGCACAAUCUACCAAACCGUUUAUGUUGAUUUGAAUUGCAUCUUAAUAACUAUUUACUUUGUAUGUCUGUAUAUUCCAGCACUGUUUAGUUAUAGGUUUUUCUUGUCUUAAUUUGAUAAAAACUGGAAGCACAAAAUUAUAAGGAGAAACAGUAUUAAGCUACCAGCCUGUAUACUGCCUCAGGAUUAGGCUGUGAAAUGAGAUUGUUUUAAAUUUGCUGUCCUGUUUCAGGCCAGGUUAAUAAAUACUGCUGUACAUCGAGAUUUGAUUAGCAAAAUGUUCCAUAUCCACCUGGAACAAAAUCAUGAUAUUUGAACUAAACAUUUGAAAAACACAUUUUUUUCUUUAUAUAAUGAGUAAGCUCCCUUGUUAAUACAGCUGUAUAUUAUGUCUGCUAAAUGUGGUUAAUAGUGAAAAUUGAUGUUAGACUUUGAAUCUCUCAUACCCUAAAUUUGUAUAUUAGCCAAUUUAUCUAUUGAAAAUAAUCUAUACAUAUUUUCAAUUUAUCUACCAUUUGUCUUUGCUCAUAUUUUAAAAUGCUUUUUUUUUUUUUUCCGAAGGCAUGUACAUACUGUUUAAGUACUAAAACUUAGUAAUCCAGAGUCGUUAUGUUUUGUUUAUUUCAGCUGUUCUGCAAACGCAUUCAAGUUUUAAGCUCUUGCUUUUUUGAGGGAGGGUAUUACCAUAAAGCGCAUUAAUAUCCCCUGGUCAUGCUUGUAAAUGCUGCUGCAUUAGAUCAGGUGAUAAUUAUUAAACCCUGGUCUAGCAGCAUGAUUGGGAUCAGUUCCAAAUAUUGGGUGAAACAGAAAUGACGUUCUACAAAUUCCAACGCUGCCAAUAAAAGCUAGCUCCAACUGUCAACACAGAACCUGAGUGCCAUGAAGGCACUGUCAUACAAGCAACUUGUUUACGUCGACAAGAGGGAGACUUGUUUCCGGCGUGUUGCCUUUUGUGACUAUGUUGGUCAACAUGCUGUCAACAACCUGAUAACAGCCAGCAACCUGUUGCCCAGUUUAAGACACUGUUCUAUUUUGCUGACAACACACUCAAUACAAGCCAAUCAUAUUUGAUGUUACUGUCACAUGGUAAAUUUGCUUUUAUAUUUUUUUUAUAUUCAGAACUCAGUGUCAGUAACUCCCAUUAUUCUGAAUAUGAAAGCAUAAUUUGAUGUGAUGAGUAGGCUAGGCUAUUUGAAAUGAAGAUGCAAUUACGCGUCUAGCUCACCAUUAGAAUGAAACACCUGUCUGUGAUUAAUCCUGGUAAAUAAAGCAACUUAAUAAAUAAUGGUACAUGUUUAAGUCAAUGCGACAAAUACUGUAGCUGAUUCUAUAGUAUUUGGUUUUGGUUUUUUUAUAUUUGAAUUUAUACAAAAAAAAAUAGUUGUUUUUUUCCUUAUGUUUAUAACACAUUCAUGUUUAACCCUUCGUCAACUGUGAAAAUUCUACCCUUUUGAGGUCUGACUGACCACAAAAGGGUAAACAGUGCUAUGCCUUUCUAAAAUGCUAAAGGUAUGAAGAUUAUUAAGAAAACAGUGUUUUUACUCGAAGGUGAAGUAUACACUACGAUUACUUUGUUUUGAAUGAAAAUGUUAUUUUCCUUUAUAAAAUAAGUCCCCAUAAGUGUAAUUUAGUGAUCUCCAACCUAAAAUACUGUAAAAUUACCAGUGGUAGCCACAAUCCUCAGGAACUAGGAUUAGAUUUAGAUUUUACACCAAAUUGUUUGACGGGUGCGCAGGCUUGUCUACUUCAGAUUAUUUACUAGAAUCAGUGUGAAGAACAUCUUCUGUAAAAAAUAUAUUUUUUCUAAGCUUUCUUGGUUAUGUAAAGCAAUUUAGUAUGCUGUAAUCAAAAGCUUAGAUAGUGAAAUACUGCACUGCAUAUAAAUAAGUAUGUCUAUUGGCUUGGGGGUUUAGUGAAAUGCCUUUUGAUUGGUGAGUCAUCUCUGAAGUUUCUCCUGUGAAUAUUUCACUACAGUCAAUAUUUAGUUAAUUUCUUUUUGGGUUAAUGAAAAUUUUGGACAAUCUAGUAUGAUUUCUGGUAAGCUUUCUACUGGUGAUCGCCGAAAUUUACUUUAGUUUUGAAACUUGCUGUAUUGGCUACAAUUUAAUGAAACCAUCCCUGAUUGGUUGUUUAAAAAGCCUUACAGUGGGUGUCUAACAUUUUCUUCAUCUAAUAUCGUUAGUAUUAAAUCAUCAUCAGCGGCUUUUCUUCACUUUAAGUUUUAUUCACGUCACAUAUAACAUGAAUAACGAUUGGUUCACAUUGCCAGAAUGCUGGCACCUUGUUGACAGCAAGCCAGUAAUUACAAGGCAACAAACGUCGGUCUUGUGGCCAUCAACAAAGCUGCUUGUGUGCCCAGGUCUUUAGGCAUGGAAAGCUGUUAUAAGGAAUUGUAAUCUGAACAGCACUUUCCUCUCUACUUCUUGAGCUUUAAAGUUCCUAACAAUAGAACUACAUUUUGCCAAAAACACAGAAAAAUGAUGUUGUCUUGGUAUGAUUUAAAAACAAACACUGCAGAACCUUCCCUAAAUAAACAUGAUUGUAUGCUUUUUUCAAACUGUACUUAUCAAUAAUAUCUGGAAGUAAGAAAAAAGGUACAAAUACAUUUACAUUCAUGGGAUAUCAAACAAACAUAGACUUAAUAAAUUGGGACCUUUUUCAUUGGCACUAAAACAGGACGAUUGAGACCUGUUUGUUUAGAUUACUCUUCUUUACAACAGUUACAUUGUCAAUGAAUAUUUAUCAAAAUCUAUCAAGCAGCUUAAAAAAAAAACAAUCACGAUGAUUGCCUCUGUGUUUGCAAUAAACAAUAGUGAUGGCACGUUGAAUAGUUGGCCCUGAAAUGCAAAAAAAACUGUUCACCCCAAACGUUAUUUCAAAGCAGUAAAAACAUUUUAGUGUUGAUACAGUCAAACAUUCUGUACCUUUUUCCUACUGACUCAUACACUACUUAGGUAGUUUAUUAUUUUUUUUUAUGUGUGAAGUGUCUGUGUCUCUAGUGUUAAAAUGUCUCCUUUCAAACUUGAAUUGCUAUUAGAAUAUUUUGGUGUAGAGUAAAAUGAGCAUAGCUAUUUGAAGAAGCCACACAUUUUAUUUAACCCCACUUUUAUUUGAAAGAAUAAACUAUAAUGAGUAUACAAUGCUUUUCUUUAAGCUAAUGUGUACAAAAAAUAAUAUUUAUAAAAAUAUCUAAUUUAAUUCUAGCAACACCAUUAAACUUUUUUUCUGAAACAUAAUAUUUUGAGUACAGGCUUCUGAUGCAAAGGUUUGUUAUAGCAAAUGUGUUUUCCUGUGGGAAAAAAAGACAGUGUUACUGCACUUUGAUAGUCUGGUGUUUAAAAAGUAAAAACUGGUUGCAUGAUAUUCAGCAGCACUUAUAAUGUUUUUUUUUUUUUUUUUUCUUAAAGCUGCUCCAUUUGAAAAGACUGUACAUGUACCGGUAUGUUCAAACAAAUAAUGGAAACAAGACAUUUUAACAUUCCACACAUCUUCACAGUUUUUAGUACUAACUUCUGUAAGCACGCUUUCACAUGCAGUGGAGUUUUUUCAUCUCAGGAAUAUGUUUCAAUUGGUUCCCGUACAGAACUGGGACAUGCUAGCACUUUUAAUCAGCUUGCCCCUGGUUGGUGGAACUGUGGUUUUGUUUGGUUUUUAAUCAUUAAACUGUUAAUAAAAAUACGUCAUGUCA